AUGGAAAACAACACAGAAAUGACUGAAUUCAUCUCUCUGGGACUAACCCAUGCCCCAGAGCUGCAGAUCCCCCUCUUUAUCAUGUUCACCCUCAUUUACCUCAUCACUCUGGUUGGUAACAUGGGGACGAUUCUUUUGAUUCUCUUGGACUCCCAUCUCCACACCCCCAUGUACUUUUUCCUCAGUAAUCUGUCUCUGGUGGACUUUUGUUACUCUACAGCUGUAAUUCCCAAAGUGACGGCUGGGUUCCUUGUGGGAGACAAGGUCAUCUCCUACAGUGCAUAUGCUGCUCAGAGGUUCUUUUCUGUAGCCUUAGCCACCGUGGAAAAUUUCCUGUUGGCUUCAAUGGCUUAUGACCAUUUUGCAGCAGUGUGCAAACCCCUCCAUUACACCACCGCCAUGAUGACAGGUGUGUGUGCUUGUCUGGCCAUGGGCUCCUACAUCUGCGGUUUCCUUAGUGCCUCCAUUCACAUUCAGAACACUGUCAGUCUCUCUUUCUGCAUGUCCAAUCUAAUCCAUCACUUUUUCUGUGAUGUUUCAGCAGUCAUGGCUCUCUCUUGCUCUGAUAGACAUGUCAGUGAGCUGGUUCUUGUUGUAGCGAGCUUCAAAAUCUUUUUUGCUCUCAUUAUCUUGAUUUCCUACCUGCUCAUUUUUAUCACCAUCCUGAAGAUGCACUCAGCCGAGGGAUAUCAGAAAGCUUUAUCUCCCUCUGCCUCCCCCCUCACUACAGUGUCCAUCUUCUAUGGGCCAACCUCCUGCCAUUCCAUGGACUCAGACAAAAUCGCAUCUGUGUUCUACACAAUGGUCAUUCUCAUGCUGAAUCCCCUGGUCUAUAGCCUGAGGAACAAGGAGGUUAAAACUGCUUUCAAGAAGGUGGUUGAGAAAGCAAAAUUGUCUGUUGGUUUUACCUCUUGA